AUCAAAGGAGACUCAAGGCACAACAAAUGUUAGUUUUGCAAUUGAUUUCAGAAACCAACCAUCCUCAGUGUGGUUAGCAUUUUCCAACAUGGGGAAAAAUUUCGUUUUCAUUGUUCACCUUUUGUGCAUCUUGGCCAUGAUUUUACCUAUAAUUGAUGCUUCUUCGUGUGAGGAGAUCAAGUACAACGAAACUGACAAGAAAGCUUGGACUGAUAUGGAAAAAAACCUGACAGUUGAAGUGAAUGAUAAGAAUGAUCAGAUUACGAUCAAUGCGGUUUCGAAUAACAUUCAAAAACAUCUGGAGGUAACUGAUUAUCUAAAAAAUUGCACCUCUGGGCUAUUUGUGAAUAUCUCUUUGCCGCAAAGCAGCACCUUCAACGUUAGUUUUAGAGAUCUCGGUCAAAAGAUUGAGAAAUCCCUUCGCCUUGACCCAUGCACGAACGUCAGUGUGAGAAUUACAGCUGUCUUCAACCGGAAGAAUGCCUCUUUUACAAAUUCUCCAUUUGUCAUCCGACGGAGUUUGUUGACAAAACCAAACGUGCAGGAUCUAAACGUGACUGUUCCAACCGAAUCCAUUACCACCUUCAGCGCACACCUCAAGGUGUUUGGAAUUGAUAGGAAAUGUGAAUCGUGGACAACAGCAGUUAUGAUCGAGUGUCCCGCGACCCAUCAUAGAAUGAAUAAAACCUAUAAUCAAACUAUCCACAUUGAGCAACUAUGUCCAGGGACAACCCACAAAUGCAACGUUAGUGUACAACAACACAAUUCCCAAUGGAACCAAAUGAGUUCCACUCGACUUGCGAUAAUCUCAACAAAUGAAGUGAAUCUUUCAUUCACUCCCCACAGUCGUCAAAUCGAUGUUCAAGUUCCUGCGGAGUUGUCAAACUAUAGAUAUGAAUUGAAGAUCCAAAAUUCCUCAUUGAAUCAAAGUAACAAAUUUCAACUGAAGGGCUUGCACCCUAAUCAAGAAUACCUAAUAUCAUUGAAAGUCGAGGGAACAGUCGGUGGAACAGUCGGUGGAAACUCUGCCCUAUGCCAAUAUGAAAAGAGUUGGCUGAUUCGCACGCUAGAAGAAAAACCAGAGGGUUCACCCACAGUUUUAAAACAAAAUGUCGCAUUGGAGCCCUUUUCCAUUACCGUCCACUGGAACUACGACAACGUCAACCUAAAUGGUAAUCUAACCAAGUUUACGCUUUAUUAUGAAUGCAAAUCCUACCGCGACGAAACGCCUUGUUGCUCGAAAAAAAAUGAAGUUAAAGAAGAAGAAAUCUUUGAAAACUUUACUGAAAAUUCGAGAGUAAUUACGGAUUUAUUUCCAUAUUCCCAAUAUGAAGUGAAAGUGGCAGUAUCGAAUUCACUAUUUACGAGUGAUUGGAGUUCAUCGGUAGUCUACCUAACGGCGCCAAGCAUUCAAAUCACGGAAGAACAUUAUUUUGUGCGUGCUUUACGUAAUGGAGUUAACAUUACACUGGAUCUCGAACCUGAGCUUUAUUCCGGGAAAAUCAACGGCACUCUUUUUCGCAAAAACGAAGCAUAUGGAAUCGAGAAGAGGUUUGAGUUAGACUAUGAUUCAUUUCUAAACGAUGAACAUUUUACCCUUGAUCACGAUAUCAAGCCGUGCUUUGGCUACAAUAUUUGCAUGAAUCUAACCAUUGACAAUCAGUCAAACAAAACAUUAUGUGCCAAUACUACUACAAUUCCGCCCAAUGUUCCCAGAAGUCCCAAUAUUAGCAUCGAUCAAAAUGAAAAUGGCCAGCGCACGAUCACGAUCAAGACAACUGACAAAGGUAAUUGCAAACCGGAUUUUUACGAAAUUCAAUGGACAAGCAUUCCUUCGAAUUCUUCAGAUGGGAAAUAUUGUAAAAAUGUGCAGCGCGAGCAAAUCCCUAAUGUGACAUAUCAAAGCGUGGAGACGAAAAGACAACUUCCAAAUUUGAUUGCUAAUAGCGACAUACGUUUUGCAGUUCGUGGCCAUAAUAAUCACUCUUGGGGUGAUUCUAGUUACCUAGAUUAUAAAACUAUCCCAUCCUUGAGGGAUGUCAAUAUAACUGUUAGGCCAAAACCGAGUGAAAACACCAUCGAGCUUUUAUCAUUUACCAUCUGCCCAAACCAAGGUCAACUCUCCGAGACAGUUCUGACAUGCAGCCUAAAGAAUCUAUCUAAGAAAACAUCUGAGGAGGGUGAGUGCCAUAACUUGAAAGCCAAGGAAGAGUAUCAUUUUUGUGUGACUUUUAAGCUUCAAGCCACGUCUAGUUCCAAAAAGGUUUGCCAAUUUGUACAUACUAUUUGCAACGCCAUCAGUGCACCCAAGACUGUGUUGACGUCUGUAUCGCCAAUGGAGGCUUUGACUCCUUUUAACCCAUUUUUACAAGCUCGAGUGAAAUUGCCGUCCAACGCAUUCCUCAACAGUACAAGCGUCAUCGAAUUGGAGCUUGUAGGUGCUACUUCGGAGUCGGCAAUUCCCUUAACCUUUGCGCGUGAUAUAGUCAUUACUACAAGGCCGACUUUGCAACCCGGAGAGACGAUUGAGUUGGCGGUGAAGGCUCUGGGAUGCAAGAACGAUGAAACCACAAACACCGUUCGAACUCAAACUCAAACCAUCGAGGCUGCUUUGAUUCAAAUCGAGCCUAGAGUCGUGGAAAUCGCCACAGGCCGAUGCACGGUGAAAGUGUCGGAGUCGGUGGCCAAUUUAUGCUUUCUCAAGAGCACAACCUACCAAAUAGGCAUGAAUCUGUUUUCAAUGGAGGACUUAUUUAAAGCGAAUUCCAGCAAUUCUUGCGUAGGUCCCGCUCUUCGGAAUCGUGUCAACAAAACGGGCAUCAAUAUCGAAUUCAAUUCAACAUUGGCAAUGCUUCCAAUCCAAAUUCAUUACAAAUACAAAAGUCAGACUGUUCUGAUGUACUCGGAUGUAAUUGAAUUUCGACUACUAACGUCUCCUCUAAGAGCCGUACGUAUUCUUUUGGCCCUACUUUUUGCCAUGAUAUGUGCUUUCGUAUAUUGGUUAGUCAAAUACGACGGAGCACAAACAUUGGACAAAUUCUUUCGGAGGAUUAAAGAGUGCUAUUUCAAUCUACAAUUAAGCCUGCCAAAGCACUCUAAUCGGUCUGUGGAACCAACUCCUCUCAUUCAAAGUGCUCCAUCUUCCCCGAUUGCCAUCAAAAUGUUUGACCAACGCAUUCGAGAGCCCAAUUUCAAUCUGAAUGUGGAUUAUUCAAACAUUCAAUCCUGGGAUGUUGAAGUGAACAUUCCCAAAACAUCUAAAAGCGUCGGGCAAGGCGUUCCACGUUCCUCGUUGGGGACAAGUUUGAAUCGGUACAGUAACAUCAUCCCGUAUAAUCACAGCCGAGUGAUCCUGAAGACUCCUGUGGACGGCAAGGACUAUGUGAAUGCCAGCUGGAUCCGGAACCACCAAGGAGAAAGACGUUUUAUUGCUACUCAAGGGCCUCUGCCCGAAACAAGGCAAGCGUUUUGGCAGAUGAUCCUAGAUUACAAAGUUAGUCUCAUUGUCAUGGUCACACGACUGAAAGAAGGAGGUAAUGUUAAAUGUCAUCAAUAUUGGCCAGGGAAACAUGAGCGUCAAUUUGGGCCCAUUCAAGUGGUUUCCACGAAGAAAUCCAAAAGAGAGUUCCACUUGAAGGGCCUUGCUUUGGACCACCUUCGAGUCACUAAGGGCGAUCAUACCAUCAACGUAAGGCAUUUGCAGUAUCAGGAGUGGCCAGAUCAUGGCGUGCCGGAAAGUCCCGAUUCAGUUUUGGAGCUCAGGCAAGCCAUGAAUGCGUUGAUGGUGAGCUCCGACCCACUCUCACCUAUUGUGGUCCACUGCUCGGCUGGAGUGGGACGAACUGGAACUUUGAUCGGCUUGGAUAAUAUAUUAAAUCGAAUAGAGGAGGGAGCAACGCAUAUUGAUGUGCCUCGAGUGGUUUGCCAGAUGAGAGAGGACCGAUGUUUGAUGGUUCAGCAACCCGUACAGUAUCGAUUCUUGGUAAUGGCAGUCGCCAAAUAUAUCACAUCAAUGCCACGCGAACACGAAAAUUCCCACGAGAACGAGGAAGAAUGUGAAUAUGAUUACAUUUACCAUGACGAUAUAUGAUGGCUGUAUAGCUUUUUAAGGCAUCCGCUUUGGUUUUUUUGUCAUUAAUACACCGUUCGAGUUAAAAGUUAAAAGACACGCGCUUUCCUCAUUCCCUCGUUUUCAUAAACGCCGUCCGUCUGAUGUUUCCAAAGCUAAGGAGGCUUUGAAAGUUGACAUCAAGAUUUACAAGUUCCUUU